AUGAGAGGCAUAGCCUCGCUAUCGCACGCGCCUGCUCUGUCCAUCGCAGCACGCCGGGCCCUGAGCACCACCGUCGAGCCCGGUCCCAGGCGGUUGGACCACCUGCGGGCCAACCACCCCUCCAUCUACGCCGACUGCCGGUACUCCAUCGUGGAGAUCAGCGCCGCGCUGGCCGCCACGCAGGCGGCACGCCUGGGCGCCGACUCCGGCCACGCCCGGCGCUUCGACGUGCAGCGGCGGGACGCCACGCGCGCCGACGACUGGCCUGCGCACCCUGGCCCCUGCUUCGUGCUGGCCAUGGAGGUGCUGGACAACCUGGCGCACGACCUGGUGACGCGGCGCGGCGGCGCCACCUGGCGCCAGGCCGCCUUCCUGCCCACCGCCGCGCUGCGCCUGCUGGAUACGCUGCACGCCAUGCUGCCGGGGCACGCCCUGCUGGCAGCCGACUUCGACUCGCUGCCAGAGGUCAGCAUCCGCGGCGUCAACGCCCCCCUGGUCGCCACCACCGAGAAGGGGAGCACGCGCGACCACGGCACCUACCUCGUCCCGCGCGGCACCGCAGACAUCUUCUUCCCCACCGACUUCCGGCUGCUGGCGGAGCUGCAUGCCGAGGCGGGGUGCGGCGCCGCCAGACCCCGGCCCACCUGCAGCAGCUCCGUCAAGACCGCGGAGUUCAUGGGCAUCUGGGCGGCGCCGGGGGCGACGCGCACGCGCUCUGGGUACGAGCCGCUGCUGUCCGACUACAGCAACACCUCCGUGUUCCUGGGGGGCUGCCCGGAGCUCUGCGACCCGCCGCUUGGCGAGAGGGUGUAA